AUGGCCGAUAUCCUCAAACGUAUGAAUAAAACUAACACUCUAUUAGAUGAAUUGUACAAAGAAUUCUACAAAAGUAGGAAACAUCUGUUAAUGCAAAAGGACAAAUUUGAAAUUGAUUUACAGCAGUUUAGAAAACAAAUAGAUGCAUACAUUGACGAAGCUGAAAAUAAAAUUAGAGAGAAUUUCAAUGACCUGUACAAUCAAGAAACAGAGAUACUGAAACAAAGAGAAGUUGGUGUAACGAGUAAAAAGAAUAGUUUGCAUGAAUGGGUGAAAAAUGUCGAGGAAAUGGCCAGAAAAGAAUUAAGUUUACAGUCAUACGUUUACAUGUCUAAGAUUAAUAAUUCCUUCUCAGUUAUUGAAAAACAUGCUUCUAAGAUAGAAAGAAAGUUUGAAAAUGUAACUUUGACAUUCACAAUAUCCAACGAUUUGCAAGACUUUUUGAAAGGACUAAAACUUGCAUACACUCAAGUGAAACGUACAGCUACUGCACAGAAUCCAGAACCAAGUACCGCGUUCCCCAAAAAAGACAAGACGAACCAAGUCCAGCAGAAAGACCAAAGUCUUCAAAAGGUUGGCGAAUUUAGAAUUUCUAACGAUACAGAUUUUCAGUCCUCCUCAGACAUAAAACUUUUGCAUAAUGGAGAUAUCGUUGUAACUAAUUUAAACAAUCGUAAAUUAGUAGUUUACGAUCAAAACGGUUUAGAAAAAGUAGAAAUGGAACUUUCCCAUAAUCCUUUAUGUCUUGCUACUAUGCCAGAUGAUUUGGUUGCCAUGACAUUGGCCAAUGAAAGAAAAGUAGUAAUUCUAGAUUUAAAAACCCGAAAGGUUCAUAGACAAAUUAAGCUAGAGGAUGAAUGUCAUGGGAUCGCACAAACAGGACAUCGUCUGGUUCUAAAUGACAUAACUGGAAAACAUAUACUCUGUGGAAGAUCAGACGACACAGUUGUAGGAGGAACAAUGCACUGUAACACUAUUUAUUGCAUAGACAUAAACGGAGUAAAACUGUUUGAAAUUUCACCCCCUGACUUAGAAUAUCUCAAUGGAAUCUCUGUUUCCAAUGAAGGGGACAUUUAUAUUACAGGUUUCCUGUCAAAUACGUUACACAGAAUUGACAAUGACGGAGAACACUGUUCUGUUGUAUUGAACAAAGACGAUGGAAUAAAUCUCCCUCGCUCGAUCUGUUCCUGUUAUUCUACAAAGUCUAUUAUGGUUGUGAACAAUGACGGACGAUUAAUAGUGACUUACAAUUUGAAGUAA